UUACUGUGAACUGGGUAGCCGUGAUGCUGCUGGUGAACGUGCAGCCCUGCUCGCACUCCGCUGCCUCGUGAGCCUCUGCCAGCCAAUGACAGUCGAGGACGCACAGCUCCAAGUUCUUCCUGCUUGUCGGCGCUUAUCAAUCCGGGGAGUGUCUCCAGCGCCUUCUCUGCUCACCCACACCAGCGACUCACAGCACUUCCCUGUCAUACAGUUAGGCCAGAAAGCCAAGAUCCAGAAUCAUGUCCAUCCUCAAGAUCCACGCCCGGGAGAUUUUCGACUCCCGUGGUAACCCCACAGUGGAGGUCGACCUGUACACCAAGAAAGGUCUGUUCAGGGCAGCUGUCCCCAGCGGUGCCUCCACUGGCAUCUACGAGGCCCUCGAGCUCCGUGACAACGACAAGACGCGCUACCUGGGCAAAGGUGUCUCAAAAGCUGUUGAGCAUAUCAAUAAAACAAUUGCGCCUGCACUGGUUAGCCAGAACGUCAAUGUCUUGGAGCAGGAGAAGGUGGAUCAGCUGAUGCUGGAUAUGGAUGGCACUGAGAACAAAUCUAAGUUUGGUGCUAACGCCAUUCUGGGCGUCUCCCUGGCUGUGUGCAAGGCUGGUGCAGCGGAGAAGGGCGUGCCCCUCUACCGCCAUAUUGCCGACCUUGCUGGCAACCCUGAAGUGAUCCUGCCCGUCCCUGCCUUCAACGUCAUCAACGGCGGCUCCCACGCCGGCAACAAGCUGGCCAUGCAGGAGUUCAUGAUCCUGCCCGUGGGCGCCAGCAGCUUCAAGGAGGCCAUGCGCAUCGGAGCCGAGGUCUACCACAACCUGAAGAACGUCAUCAAGGAGAAGUACGGCCAGGACGCCACCAACGUGGGAGACGAGGGCGGCUUUGCACCCAACAUCCUGGAGAACAAGGAAGCUCUGGAGCUGCUGAUGAAAGCCAUCGGCAAGGCCGGCUACACCGACAAGAUCGUGAUCGGCAUGGACGUGGCCGCCUCAGAGUUCUACAAGAGCGGGAAGUACGACCUUGACUUCAAGUCGCCCGACGACCCCAGCCGCUACAUCACCCCCGACCAGCUGGCUGACCUCUACAAGAGCUUUGUCAAGGACUACCCAGUGGUCUCCAUCGAGGACCCCUUCGACCAGGACGACUGGCAGGCGUGGUCCAACUUCACCGCCACCACCAGCAUCCAGGUUGUGGGAGACGACCUCACGGUCACUAACCCCAAGCGCAUCGCCAAGGGGGUGGCAGAGAAGGCCUGCAACUGCCUGCUCCUCAAGGUCAACCAGAUCGGCUCCGUGACCGAGUCCCUGGCGGCUUGCAAGAUGGCCCAGAGCAAUGGCUGGGGCGUGAUGGUGAGCCAUCGCUCCGGAGAGACCGAGGAUACCUUCAUCGCUGACCUGGUGGUUGGACUCUGCACUGGACAGAUCAAGACGGGAGCCCCCUGCCGGUCCGAGCGUCUGGCCAAGUACAACCAGCUGCUGAGGAUUGAAGAGGAGCUCGGAGACAAGGCCAAGUUCGCUGGCCAGAACUUCAGGCACCCCAUCUAGAGCGCUGUCUUUCAGCCUCUGUUUUCAUCACGCAUAAAUAACCUACACACAUACAUGUAUGCCACGCUAGAUUGCCACUGCUACAGGAUAGAAGUUGGAAUAUAGAAUGGAAACCCGAGGUCCUAGAACGUCACCUGUGGCACCGAACAUGUCUUCUAGUCUAGCAAGCCCCCCGCCCCCUCGUCCUUCAGUUACACCUCCAUCUUUAUGUUUGUGUCUCUGUAGCUGCGUGAAAGAAUACCCGUUAAUGCUUCUUGUGAGCUGUAGUGAUCUUUACCCUGAUUCCUCAUCAAUUCAGCAAAGCUAAUGUAAGCAAAGAAGGGUGCUGCUUUGAGCAGUGAAACUACUACUGUCAGUGUAAUGUGUCAUGUUCGGUGAGCUCUAGUGAUUCUGUAAGCGUUGGCAGAAAUAUGUAAUAAAAAAUAUAAUUUAAAGCA